UUAGCAUUCUCUCCUGGGUAUGUAAAAACUGCUGGUUUCCCAUGCUUCACUUCCUUGAGAGCCUUAAAUUGCCUCUAUUUACCUUGCUUUGCACUCGAGGCUCAGCUUCAGAGCAGUGCUUCUGGCCUGGAAGGGAGAUGGGAUUCCUGGCAGUAUCCAUUGGCUGUGCACUUUACUCCCGGCUGGGGCUCAGCUGAACAGAGCAGAAGCUGUGUGAUCCUUAAAAGCAUGUACAAAAUUUUGGGGUAACCCAGGCACUUUUGAACUACAAUGCACAAGGAAAAACAGCUCCCCUGAGCCUGGUUUGAGGGGGAAGCUGUGGGUGUCCUCCACCUGAGCCUUUCCAGCUCAACUGCUAAAGGGGACAUCCUCCUCCUUCCCACAUUUGGAGAAGUUAGCACUUGGUACUCUUAUUUUUGUAAUGGCCUCUCCUAAACCAUGGAUUUUCCUUUGCAGUUGACUUCAGGGAAAAGCAGGUUUUCAUUUUCAGAACUCUAGAUGCUGGAGGGAAGAAUGAUUUGCUUCCAACCCCAAAGUACACGGCACGGCUGCGUGUUUUGUUCUGGUCUGUUGUUUAUUUCUUGUUUUGCUCAGUAGAUCCAGCAGUGCAGACUGCCAGGCUUUCUGUUCCUCCUCUGACCAGGGCAGGCCAGGCCAGCACCAGCUGAGCCCAGCUUCUCACUCGGGGUGCUGCUGGAGGUGCCAGAUCUCCUUUCAGAUUGGCUCCGUGGGGCAUUUGUGUGAUGAGUUCUGCAGAGAUUAAAAUCCCACCUUGGAGUCCAGACCUCUCCCUACAGAUAAAGUUUGCAGCUGCUGAGCCAUUGUAAUUAAUGCACCUUGUGGGGCUCAGGGAUGUUAAAAUGUGACCUGAACCCCAAGGCAGAGCUGCAUAAAUUCAUGCUGCAGUGCUGAGGUGCUGUUCAGUGCAGGGGAACAAACUCCAGCCUCAGAGCUCUGUGUGUGCCCCUGAGGCACCGUGGUGCCUGCAGGAUUUACCCCUGCUUGGGAAGAUGUUCUGACGCAGAGGAUGGGGAUUUGCUAAUUGGGCCAGUUGCUGCGUAGAUGGAACUUCUGACAGCUCUUCUGGGUUGGGGGAUUGGUUUUUGUCCUCACCCAGCAGGGAGGAAGUGAGGAAGGGAGCAGCAGAGCCUGGACAGGGAACGUAAUUCCCUGCAGCAUCUUCAGCACUGAGGUAUGUCUCCUGGGAGAGCUGUAGGAAAGCUGCUCUGAUCCCAGAUGUCCCUCUGCAAGAUUUGAAGCUGUUGGAUUUUGUGGUGUGCUGGCAGCAGGGGCUGCGAGUGAGAAGCUGAGCUGAGCAGAUGCCCUUGGUGCUGGCUGGCUGUCCAGUGCUCAGGAGGAGCAGCUGAGGGCCAUGAUCUGUGCCAUGGUGGCUCCAGAGGCCAUGAUCUGUGCCAUGGUGGCUCCAGAGGCCGUGAUCUGUGCCAUGGUGGAUCCAGAGGCCGUGAUCUGUGACCUGGUGGAUCCAGAGGCCGUGAUCUGUGACAUGGUGGAUCCAGAGGCCGUGAUCUGUGCCAUGGUGGAUCCAGAGGCCGUGAUCUGUGCCAUGGUGGAUCCAGAGGCCAUGAUCUGUGCCAUGGUGGAUCCAGAGGCUGUGAUCUGUGACCUGGUGGAUCCAGAGGCCGUGAUCUGUGACCUGGUGGAUCCAGAGGCCAUGAUCUGUGACCUGGUGGAUCCAGAGGCCAUGAUCUGUGACCUGGUGGAUCCAGAGGCCGUGAUCUGUGACCUGGUGGAUCCAGAGGCCGUGAUCUGUGACCUGGUGGAUCCAGAGGCCGUGAUCUGUGCCCUGGUGGAUCCAGAGGCUGUGAUCUGUGACCUGGUGGAUCCAGAGGCCGUGAUCUGUGGCACUGUGGAUCCAGAGGCCGUGAUCUGUGACAUGAUGGAUCUGAGCAGCAGGAACUCCUCGUGUGGCCUCAGAGGCCUCGUGCUGAGGAGCUGAGGUUCCAUGUUCACAGGGAGAUGGGAGUGACGGGCCCUGCCCACCGCAGACAGGACUUAGCUUUAGCGCAGAGUUGUGCCGUGUGUAAAACACCUCUGUGGGGUUUUAUCUUUGUG